CUGCAGGACACACUAGGGAUUUCAUUUGUUGCAAUGCAUUCAGUGCUUCAUCUGAGAGAAAGGGAGAGGGUUAAUGCUUUGGAAUUAACUUUCCCAGGACUCGUGACUUCAGGGAGUAAAAUACAGAGCAGCCUUGUUCAGUGUCUGUGUUCUCUUGCAUCCCGAAGUGAGCACACAGCUUUGCUUGCUGAACGCGAAGGUUAUGUAAGGAGGAGAGACUUCUGUAAAACCAAUGAGUAGCAAGUGACAGUUUUAGCCCAGGAGCAUUCAGCUGUAGGAGGGCUGCAAUCCUCCUGCUCUAUUCACAUGCACCUCCAGCUGAGACCAAGCUGUCCAAACAGGCGCACCUUGAACCGUUCAGAAGUGACCUAUGGAGAGACAGAAAAUAUCCCAGUGAGUGGGCUUCCAGCACAAAUCUAUCAGUUGCAGGUUUUGGCCUCUGAACUGAAGUCUGGCUUCUCCGAGGCAAUGCAGGAGCUAUCUAGAAUACAGCAUGGAGAGUAUGCUCUUGAGGAGAAGGUUAAAAGUUGCCGCUGCUCUAUGGAAGAACAAGUCACAGAGGUGAAGAAUUCACUGAACAAUCUAAAGGAAGAGGUCAACACAGCGAUGGCAAUGAUCCAUGCCAUAAUUGCCAAGCAGGAGGAAAUGCAGCAGAAAAUAGAGCAACUGCAGCAAGAGAAGAGAAGAGAGUCUCGUAAAGUAAAAAACAAAAGGUUACAGAAAGAAGAACCCAUGGCCCAGUCUCAAGCAGUGCCACAAAACAGCAACUUCUUACCCCCCAGCCUCUCUGAUCCUACAGUGGUUAAUCAUCACUUUAACAAUAUUGCACAGCCAUCACCAUUUGAAAAAGGACCUGUUUCCAGGCUGGUGACUGCAAAUGACUGCAACAUGGCAACAAUUACAACUGCCUCUAGAGUCAGCCAGGAAGAGAGUGAGAAAAGCUUCAAGACUUCUACGCUGAUUGAAACACAGCAGAAAGCCUACAUGCCUUCACUUAUCUGGAGACAGCCAAAAGAUGAAAGAGAAAGCAACGAGGAGAGCUCUCCUAAAGAACAAGUAGACAGGAUAAGGGACGCUGGCCAGAAUAGAAGCGCGCCUGUUGAGAACGUAUUAAGCGAACCUACAGGUUUUGCAAGAAGACAAAAUGCUGCCAGAGACCUUUUGGAAUCAGAGAGAAAAUAUGUGUUGAAUCUGUCGCACAUCCUGAAGAUCAGGGCCACCUUACAAGGGUCUGAUAUAAAAAGGGCUACAAAAGAAAGGAGUUUCUUCCCCAGUUCCUUACGGUAUUUGAUCCAACACCACCUGGACCUGCUCCAUGUUCUGCAGGAGAGAGUAAUCAAAUGGUCUAGAGAGGGAAUUCUAGGAGAUAUAUUCCUGAAACUGACAAAUGAUGAGAACAAUUUUUUAGACUACUAUGUUGCUUACUUGAAAGACUUACCAGAGAGUAUUUCCGUCAUCCAUAUUGUAGUUCUUAAAGAGGCUGAAGAAGAUAUUAAAUCCGAUCUCUACAUAUUGCUUUUUCAUGUUGUCCAGAGAAUUCCUGAAUAUUUGAUUCUCUUACAGAAUAUCUUGAAAUUCACGGAACAGGAGCACCCAGAUUAUUACCUACUUCUCGUGUGCGUUCAGCGCCUACGAGUUUUCAUCUCACACUACAGCGUGCUGUUUCAGUACAACGAGGACCUCCUUAUCCAGAAAAGGAAAAAACUAAAAAAGUCCUCUUUGAUCAAACUUUACAAAGCGCUGGCAUCUCAGUGUUCUGGAAGUAGCCAGGAAGUUCCUCCCAGCCUGAAUACUUCUGCAAUCAUUAAGGAAAACACCAUCCAGUCGGAUGAAACACAUCAGCCAUAUCCUGCAAUACCUGGACCCAACGCAUCCAAUAUAAACCUGGUGCCUCAAAUAAAAAAGAGCAGACAAACUCCAGCUGAAAACAUUCCGUCAUUAAAGUCCUCUGAAUGGGAACUCGAUGGAAAGAAACACGAGCGACCUGACAUUAUUGCUCCAAUGCCAUAUUCUGGGCCUGAUCAAGAAGUGAAUUCAUUGCUGACACCGUUACAGUCCAUCCCAGAGAUGGAGUAUGAAAGCACUUCAGUGGAUGCAUUACUUGACAUGGAAAGGUCUACAAGGACUUCAUCAAAUAUUUUUUCUCAUGGAAACCUUGCACCUAAAUAUGAGGAAUUUGAAUACGGAAGUGAAAUAAUUGGAGUGUCUACUCCUUAUGAAGAGGAGCCAUUUCCAAACCGCCCACUGUUUGAGUCUUGCUCUGCAGCCUCCUCUGAGUCCAGCCUGGAUAUUUGCUUUUUGAGGCCCAUCAACUUUACGUUGGAAUCAAACAGAACAGAACGAUCUUUGCAGCCAGCAAACAGGAAUUGUUUCUCUCCUGUGAGCAACAGCAGCUACAGGCAGGAAGGUAUUCAUAUUAAAAACAAGCCUCUGAGCAGAUCCCUGAAGGAGUUUCCUCGGAAUCAAGAAGCAGUGUCUACAAGGCUUUAUAGUGCCAGAUGCACCAGUGCCAGUAGGAUGCAGUUUAAGCAGGACAGAAGCACUCAGUCCCAUGGUCUAUCAGCUUCAGCUCGCAACUCACAUAGGCAGUUCUACAUUCCCCAAAGGCCACAUGCAGACAGUAGAUCUCUGCUAGAGGAUAUGCAAAUGGACGGAAAUGCAAGGUUCUACCAUAAAGAUGAAACUGAACAAACGUCUUUUAGUGAGCACCACCCAAGACCAGAUCAGAAGGGUGGUAUCCGAAGUUCCUUCCGUAAACUAUUUAAAAAGAAGUCUUAUGGACUAGAAAUCAAAGAGAAAUCAAGCGAGAAGUCAUCCUUAGACCAGUCUCCUACAAGACAAGAAAUCUUCCGAACUCAUUCUGCUCUGAUCAGUGAACUUGACCGUGGCACGGCUGUGUGAUAAAGCAAAUAUGGCUCUGCUUAGAUGCACUGGGAUUAUACAGGAUGCUAUGUGGUUAGCUGGUGAAUUCUAUAUAAGAGUAGUUCUAGAAAUUAAGUAGCCUCCGUACUAGAAAUAGAAAGACAAAACAGUAGUUAUCACAAAUAAUUUUAUUCAGGUCUAAACACACUGUGAACGUAUCUGCAGCAGGUUAUGUAUUUAAAGUGCAAGCUCAUUUGUUGCAGAAUUCAGAGAAUACAUAUAUUGUUGGCUGGAAUUAACUCUUGUAUAAAAAAGUAGGUGAUUAAUUACAGAUUAGUGUAAUCACUGGAAACAUGAAUUAGAGGAGAAGCAGGAACUAAUGUUCCUCAAGUGUUCCUCUCAGAUACCUCAAAAGCUGUACAGGCUUAAUAUACUUAUUACUUUAUACUUAUGGCUGGGCUUGAUCAAAUCAAUGCACCAUUAGCCGAUAGGCUGCCAUGUCGUUCUUAUGAAACAUCAACAUCUUUUUAGUUCUAUUAGUUUUUAUUAGUUUCUAUAAACAGCUAAAAUUGUCCAUAUAUAUAUAUAUAUAUAUAUAUACAAGCUUUUACUGUUGUCUAAACUACUGACUGCCUUGAAUAUGUCAGUGUUGGAAGAUGAGAAGAUUGAUUGGUAGCUAGAUGGGUGCUUACUUCUCGUCUCACUUUGUCUUGUUGGAAAACACUAUGGGGCAGAUUAUUAAAAUGUGAGUUUAGAGCUUAAUGCAUAAAAACUCACCAGCAUUCUAUUCAUUUCUAUGAAGCUUAUUUAUCAAAUGGUGAACUUUUGAUUCCGACUGAUAAACACACUAAAAAUGUCAUCGGAAUGAAUAGAAUGUGGGCUUUUUCUUAUGAAUUGUGCUCUAAACUCACAUUUUGUGAAAUCAACAGAGGUUUAAUUAUAUUUAUUCACUUCAAAAUUAAUUUCCAUGUGUCUGGGGUCCAUUUUUCAUGUAACUUUUAGUCUGGUUUAUAAUCCUGAGUAUUUUAUGCUUGGCUUGGGCAAAUGUUCAUCUUUUUAAUAUAUGUGUAUAAGGGUGCCCUUUGGGCCUGUUUUAAAAUGUACUGUAACAGGCUGUAAAUAAUGUAAAUCUAAGAACAAUUAUUAAAUGACUAUUAUUAGGUUUAUAACACUGUACUGUUGGGAGCCCAGCGGGCACUGACUGAUAGGCAGUUUGAAUGUGUUAUCGAAAAAAAUAUUUUGACAAACUUUAGGGGGCUCUUAAAUGAUUUUGACAUGAGUCCCAGUAACUUCAAUUAAGCCCCUGGCUAAACCAUGAAAAACAAUAUUGUUAUGAUUUAUUGUAAUUUUUCCCUCAUAUGCUUUUUAGCAGUGAAAAGUGCUCUAGCAACUACUGACUGUGAAGAAUGAGGGUCUGCUGGGUGCACUUUGGCAAGGAAUAUGCUGUGAAUAAAACUCAUUUUCUACUAUAUUUACCUUGUUCUGUCACAAAUUCUGGAAUAAAACUAACUUUAUUUGACUAAA